UCGAAUGUGCUACGCAUGCCCGGUCAGAAAUAAAAUCGACAUUGAAUCGAAAUUUAAGUGAUUAACUUAAUUGGUUCGCGUGAAAAGUCAUACACUCUUCAGUAAGAGGGGAAGAUGAGAUGACAUUCGAUUGUCCCUACUGCAACGCAUGCCAGAGCCUCUUCCAUCGCGCAGCCAUCAUAUCUGGACGAUGAAUUUAAUUAAAGGAUUGCUUCUCAAAGGCCAUCAUAUACACGUAGUAAGCACAUAUGAGACUGAAAUCAAAAAUAAACUUGCGCAGAACUUGACGUACGAUGUAUUCGAUGGUUUGAUGAAAGCAAUGGAAGAAUCUGAAGAGAAUUAUAAUCUGGUUGAAUGGAAUACGUAUAACCCACUUUAUAUGAUACAUUUUGUAUAUAACAUAUGGGGAAUUCAUGUAUGUGACACAGUGAUAAAAACUGAAGCAGCGAAAAAACUUUUGGAAAUGAUCAAGAUCGUCGAGUUCGAUAUUAUAUUGCAGGAUAUUACACUAAAUGAAUGCUUAUACGGAUUGUGGGAGAUUGCAAAAGGUAAACCACCCAUAGUAGGAUAUACUCCGUAUAGCUCUGCACCUUGGCUCAAAGAUCUUAUCGGAGGUCCAAGUUAUCCAACUGUUCGGUCUUAUCCAUAUUUACCAAUUGCGAAACCCAUUGGUUUGUGGCAGAAAAUAUGGAAUACUGUAUGUUUUACAGUUGAUGAUUUCAUACGACAUUACUAUUACUUGCCUACUGUGCAACGGCUUGCUGAGAAAUACGUAGGCCACACAAUUAGACCAUUACAUGAAAUAGAAAAAAGCAGUAUUAAUAUUUUAUUACUCAAUAGUCAUCCUGCAUUCGACUAUGGGAUUCCAUUGCCUCCGAACACUUUAGAAAUUGCAGGACUGAAUGCUCAAGCCAUAAAACCGAUUGAUGGCGAAAUAGUCGUAACAUAUUCCGAGGAUAUGCGCUCAUUCCUUGAUGGAGCAAAGAAUGGAGUCAUCAUAAUAUCGUUAGGAACAAACGUGAAAUGGAAAUUUAUCGGAUUAGACAAAGUUAAAGUUGUUUUAUUGGCUCUGUCGAAAUUAAAACAACGAGUAUUAUGGAAGCUAGAUAUUGAAGUGCCAUUUGAAAUACCGAACAAUCUGAUGAUUGUAAAAUGGAUACCACAAAAUGAAGUUUUAU